AUCGGGCGCAAUCUGAAAUAACCCGAACCGAAGAGGGGAACGACGCCGUCGGCAACAGGCAACGCCAUGUCGCCAUUCAUCUUUUGAUCGUUCUCAGUUUCCUUUCCCAACUCGGCUGAUGCAAAUAUAGAUAUAUUUGGGAUUCCCUGUCUCAACAAAUUUCACUGCUUCUCGUCUGCUAUCCACGCCGAUAAUCAAGGGUUAAUUUCCUAAGAGAUUUUGGUCUGCGGGAUCCAAUAUUCCGGUAGAUCGAAAUUUGUAGGUGGUAGAUGGGAUUCUCCAGGAAAGUUCCAACCUUGGUGGAUCUAUGUACGCAGACUGCAAUCGCUAACAUUAGGUACAUCGGCGAUGUUGGAGAGGUGGAUUUGCAUCUAUUAAAGGAUAUCUUGACUCACUGCAACAUCGAUCAAUUGACCCACAUUGAAAAUUCGACAAAAGGAAGAGACCUCAGUCCUGUAACAGAUGAUUCGUGGAAAAGAUUUUAUGAGCUACAAUUUGGAGUGGAGAGUGCAAAUACCGUGAUCAAGAGGAUGAAGCAGAAGAAGAUGGUAUUUAAAUGGAGACUUCUCUAUCAGGCAAAGUUGAAGGAGAGAGAAGAAGCUCAAAAUAAAGUAGCAGAGAAACUUAAGCAGAGAUAUGCAGAAACUCAAGCAAAGAAACAAAGUCGCCAAAUCCAAAUUUGCUCUAAAAUUCCUCCUUCAAGUAAUAAAAGGAGUUAUUGGGGAGAAAGUGGACCUGGCAUUAACUUGUCGAAUGUGAAGGGGAAUUUGAUGAAAAAGGCAAAAUUAGAGUAUCUUCAUAGCCAUGAGCUAAAAGUACAUGCUCAGAUGAAGAGAGAUGCUUUGCAGCGAAACAGCUUUGCACAUCAAAAGUGGAUUACCAAUCACGGUCCAUUCUGGAAAGAAGAAUUAUCAACAAUGUAAUUCUGCUUCGAGCUCCAGAAAUGUAAAACCUGCCACAAGAAGAUAAGUUUUCCUUAGGGUGGCCGCUGAAAAGGAAAACCAGAUUGGGUUUCUGUUUCUCAAAUAUUUCCUACAGUUAUAUAGCAGUUCCUCUCUCAAUUAUCUUGAAAACCUAUGCCGAGAAUCAUUUUUCUCAAAUUUGGGUUUAUGUAUCAAAAUUGUAUUAUACAUCAGUGUUGCUAUAAUAAUUGCCUUUCAAUACCUCCGUGGGAGGUCCA